AUAUUUUUAUGUGCAUGUUCAUUUGUACAUAUACUUGCUUAUAUCUACCAUAUUGAUGCUAUCACAGUUCCUGAUGUAACGAAAGAAACAUGGAAAUCGCUAGUAAUGGAGUCUGAUAAGCCAGUGCUGGUUGAGUUUUGGGCACCAUGGUGUGGGCCAUGUCGCAUGAUACUUCCUUCUAUUGCCAAACUCUCAAAAAUUUACGAGGGCAAGAUGAAAUGCUUUAAGCUCAAUACAGAUGAAAGCCCAGACAUCGCAACACAGUAUGGUAUUCGAAGCAUCCCAACCAUUAUCAUCUUUAAGAACGGAGAGAAGAAAGAUGCAGUCAUUGGAGCUGUUCCAGAGAGUACUUUAAACACAUGCAUAGAGAAACAUUUAUAGAAGUGAGCUUCUGGACUCUUCUCAUCUUAUCUCUGUUCAUUUAUGUCUUUUUGCAGCAUAAUAUAGACAACGAGGCUGCAGAUACUCUGAUUCUCAUCUCCUUACUACUGUAACAUUUUCCUUUGAUUUUUCCAAUAUUAUUUUGUUGCUUGUGAAAUUUGUAAACUUGCAUCUCGCUACGAAAUAAAGAUUUCAAUGUUAUUUUACUAAA